AUGGGCAGACUACAUCAAAGCCAGUCAGCGCCCCAGUUGUCGGGUAGAUUAGGUGCUCAACCUGGAUCGGAUACUCGGCCCCGACUCGUGAAUGCACACCGCGUUGGAAUCCGGGCAUUGGCCACAAUGGCAGCAAGUGCCAAUGAUGAGACGCGGCAGUAUAGCAAGUAUUCUCAGACUCCUCCUUACGCCGAAGAUAUUCGGUGGUUGUUUACCAUAUCUGUACAGCUGGGCACUCCAUAUUUUAUUAAUUUCCUCGACGCUGUUGCCAAGGCUGUUUCUUCUCCAUUCUUGCUCUUUCAAUUUGCCAUGGAGGCAAAUAGCCGUCUUCCACCGUACCCUCAGCAGUACUCUAUGCCUCCGAUAAACCGUUCAGUACCUCCUCCACAGCCUACUCCUUCAAGUAAAGCUUUUGCACAUGUUGCUGGCAGGACUCGAGCGGUCAUGCUGCAGACAUAUGCUCAUCCAUCAACGGCAGAAUUGUAUGAGCGCUGCAUCGAGCAGUUCUACGCUGCUGCUGGCGUAAAACUCAGUCAUAAUCGCUUCAACAGCAGCGAUAUGGAAGAUGCGCAUCAAUUGCUUCUGGCAGCCAUCACAGCCUUCAUGCGUAUACCCCAUGCACCUACAGCACACACUCUGUUGGAGGAUUUCUAUCGUCAUGUGAAGAAACAAAAAGCUUGGAAAAAAGACGUACAACACCGUUUGGGAUCUCUACUACACGAAGCGUUGAAUCCACAACGGUGA